AUGCCUCUGCCCCGACGCCGCUCAUCCUUCCUGGGACAGCCGUCCUCUUGCGGGCGGAUCGGCUUGUCCGUCGCCCCCCGCGGUGUCUUUGUGGGCUCUGCCCCCCCCAUGGGAGGGGCCUCCUGCCUUGGGACGCGGGUGUCCCGGCGGGCUCUGGGAAUCAGCAGCGUGUUCCUGCAGGGCAUGAGGAGCAGCGCGGCACCCGUCCUGCCCCGGGCCGGCGAGCGCACGGCGGCCACCGGACUGAACGGCUGCCUGAUGGAGUACAGAGACAAAGUCAGAGCCCUGGAGCAGCUCAACCAACAGCUGGAGGAACAGAUCCGGCUCUGUCUGGACCGCCAGGCAUCCAGCGCCGGAGCCUGGGGGCCCCUCAGGAGGGAGUGGGAGGAUGUCUACAGACAGGUCAGUGAAGCCAUCCUGGACAGCGCUCGGCUGAUGCUGCAGACGGAGAACGUUCAGGCCAACGCAGAGGACUUCAAGGACCGGUUUGAGAACGAGCAGCCGUUCAGGAAGGCGGUGGAGGAGGAGAUCAGCUCUCUGUACAAAGUGAUUGAGGACGCCGACCUGACAAAGGCCGAGCUCGGGGAGCAGAUGGAGAACAUGAGGGUGGAGCUACGCAACCUGGAGCACAACCACGAGCAGGACGUGCGAGUCCUUUACAGUCAGAUGGCAGGACUUGAGGUGGACGAACCCGAUGCUCCCAUAGAAACCAGUCUGGACCAGAUCCUGGCCUACAUCAGGAGCCACUGGGAGAAGGUGACGGAGAGGAACCGAGCCGAGACGGACAGCUACCAGGAGUGUAAGGAGGCGCAGUGUGUGAGCAGCAGACUGAGUCCCGAGGUGGAGCAGGUGGAGGCGCUGAAGGCCGAGUGUCAUGACAACGGCUGUAAGAUCCAGAGUCUGCAGGCGGAGACCGAGUCCAUCAGAGCGCUAAGACGUGGUCUGGAGAGCUCCCUGGGCGACGCUCGGCACUGGCAUGACGUGGAGCUGCAGAACUUGGGCUCAGUGGUGGCCAAGCUGGAGGCGGAGCUCGUCGACGUGCACGGCGAGAUUGAACAGCAGCGGCGCGACUACGACACGCUGCUGAGCAACAAGCAGCGCCUGGAGCAAGAGAUCAGCAUGUACCACGGCAUCCUGGACGGAGAGGAGAGUCGCUUCCAGCCCGCAGAGACCCCGUGUUCAGGUCUACGUUCAGAGCCUGAGGGGGCAACCAGUGCUGCUCCUGGACCUCCAGCACAGUGAUCCCAGUGGAGGAUCUGAAGAGCAGACUGAAGUGGAAGAUGUUCUACCUGCGACUUGUGCAGGUGUGAGAUGCUGAGAACCUGCAGCAGAAGUGUGAAUGUGGUGUAAUAUCAGAACAAGUCCUCAAGUCUUCUGGGAACAGGUUUACCGGAGGACUGCUGAAAGGGUCCAGAGUAUACAAGCUUCUGGUUCUAGAUCAGAUCGGACUCAACGGAACCAGAAAACAGUCAUUCAGGGAGAUCUCCUUCGAGCUCAGUAGACCAUCAGCAUUGAAAGGUUAUUGGUCAACGGGGAACUCACUGUGAUGUCACUGGUUAGAUUCUGCUUCUGUAAUCAGCUGCAAUGACGACUAAAAAUAAUAAAGGAUGAUCUUCUCUUCAUAUGUUAGUUUGGAGUCAGAAACAUACGAUAACUCCGACAUGACUUGAACGCACCAUUAGAGCCUGGCACCUUUCCAUUGGUCCCCU